AUGCCCCCUCGUAGGAGGCCCCAGGCUUCCGCAGCCGCGAACGCAGAGGUUGCUAGGAACGCUGCCCCAGGACGAAAGCGACCCUCGCAAUCCAAGUCGGCUUCUGCUUCACAGCCAGCGCAGGCUCCCGAACAACAGCAGCAGGAUGGCCCGACAGAAAAGCACGAGCCGUACAUUCCUUACCCGUAUCGCCAUAGGGAUCCGUUCGAUGCACUGCUCGAGCCUUUCUACUAUAAUAAGUCGUUAACCGACCCGAUCAACACGGCGCAGGAUAAAUGGAAUCUGCUCCCAGCGUUCCUGAAGGUGAAGGGAUUGGUCAAGCAGCACAUCGACUCGUACAACUACUUCGUCGAAGUGCAACUGAAGAAAAUUGUCGAGUCGAGUUCCACAAUCCGCAGCGACGUGGACCAUAACUUCUACAUCAAGUUCACCGAUAUCUACCUCGGAUCUCCCCGCCGCGCAGACGAGCCACAGGACGCUGGGUUCAACGUCGAGUCUACUAUAUCGCCGCAGGAAUGUCGACUUCGGGAUACAACUUAUGCCGCGCCGAUUCGCGUUGAUUUUGAAUAUGUCCGUGGUCGGCAAAGGGUUAUUAAGCGGGGUGUCUCGAUUGGUCGUAUGCCUGUCAUGCUUCGGAGUUCGAAGUGUGUGUUGGCGAACAAGACGCCGUCAGAAAUGACUGUGCUUAACGAGUGUCCUCUUGAUCCGGGUGGUUAUUUCAUUGUCAACGGCACGGAGAAGGUCAUUCUUGUGCAGGAGCAGUUGAGUAAGAACCGUAUUAUUGUUGAGACGGAUCCGAAGAAAGAAAUUGUGCAGGCUUCUGUUACCAGUUCAUCCAACGAGCGAAAGUCUAAGAGUUAUGUCGUCUUCAAGAAAGAAAAGCUUGUCGUCAAGCACAAUGUCCUGAGUGAAGAUAUUCCUAUUGUCAUUCUCCUUAAGGCAAUGGGUAUCCACACCGACAAAGAGAUGAUGCUUCUCGUGGCCGGUGUCGAUAAAGUGUACCAGGAGGAUUUCGCCAUCAACUUCGAAGACGCGAUUAAACUGGGCAUCCACACGCAACAACAGGCUCUCGAGUGGAUUGGCGCGCGUAUUAAGAUCAACCGGAAGCAAAUGUCAUACCGCCGGACCCAUGUUCAGGAGGCGGUUGAGGCCAUCGCAUCCGUCAUCAUCUCCCAUAUCGAAGUGAAGAAUAUGAACUUCCGCCCUAAGGCUCUCUAUGUGGCACACAUGGCGCGUCGUGUGCUGAUGGCCAAGAACGAUGACACUCUGGUAGAUGACCGUGACUACCUGGGCAACAAGCGACUGGAACUGGCUGGUCAGUUGCUGGCGCUGCUGUUUGAAGAUCUAUUCAAGAAGUUCUGCUUUGAUAUCAAGAUGAAUAUCGACAAAGUCCUGAACAAGCGCAACCGAGCAGAGCAGUUCGAUGCCUGGAGUGUCAUGAGUAUGCAUGGUAAUCACAUCACCCAGGGCAUGAACCGUGCCAUUUCCACAGGUAACUGGAGUUUGAAGCGUUUCCGUAUGGAGCGUGCCGGUGUCACCCACGUUCUGAGCAGAUUGAGUUAUAUCGCAGCACUGGGUAUGAUGACCCGUAUCAGCAGUCAGUUUGAAAAGACAAGAAAGGUCAGUGGCCCUAGAGCGCUGCAACCAUCCCAGUUUGGUAUGCUUUGUCCAGCAGAUACGCCUGAAGGUGAAGCCUGUGGUCUAGUCAAGAACUUGGCUCUCAUGACACACAUCACGACCAACGACGAAGAAGGCCCUGUGCGGAAUUUGAUUUUCAUGCUUGGUGCUGAGGAUAUCCAAACCGUCGGUGGCAAGGAACUGUAUGCGCCUGGCUGCUACACGAUCUCGAUCAACGGUACGCCAACGGCACUCACACGGCGCCCGAAGUACUUCCUCGAAGCCUUCCGACGACUGCGUCGGAUGGGCAGAAUCUCCGAGUUUGUCAGUAUCUUCAUCAACCACCAUCAGCGGGCGGUGCAUAUCGCAACAGACGAUGGCCGGAUUUGCAGACCUCUCAUCGUCGUCGAAAAUUGCAAGUCCAUGGUCACAGCGCACCACUUGGAGAAGCUCCGGGAUGGAACAAUGCAAUUUGACGAUUUCCUCGCGCAGGGCUUGGUGGAGUACCUGGAUGUGAACGAGGAAAACGACUCGCUCAUCGCCAUCUACGAAAAGGACAUCAGCGAGACCACGACACAUCUCGAAAUCGAACCGUUCACCGUCCUCGGAGCAGUCGCUGGCCUAAUUCCCUACCCGCAUCACAACCAGUCCCCGCGUAAUACCUACCAAUGUGCAAUGGGUAAACAAGCCAUUGGCGCCAUCGCAUCGAACCAGUUCCUCCGCAUCGACUCGAUUCUCUACCUCAUGGUGUACCCACAGAAACCAAUGGUCAAGUCACGGACAAUCGAGCUGACAAAAUACGACCACCUCCCCGCUGGGCAAAAUGCCAUGGUCGCGGUGAUGAGUUACUCCGGUUACGAUAUUGAAGAUGCCCUCGUCCUGAACAAGGGUUCCGUCGACCGCGGCUUCGGACGCUGCCAGGUCUACCGCAAAUACGUAACAAACUUAAAGAGCUACUCAAACGGCACAAAGGACCGUCUCGACCCUCCACAGUACGAGAACGACGCACCCAUCCGCAAACACGCCCUCUUGCAAAGCGACGGUCUCGCUGCCGUCGGCGAACAAGUCAACGCAGGCGAAACCUACAUCAACAAAUCCACUCCAGACCAAGCACACUCCUCGGGCAUCACAGGCUCCGACCUAGGCCGCCCCGUCAGCUUCCAGCCAACCCCCAUGACCUACAAACUGCCCGACCCUGCGCACAUCGACAAGGUCAUGGUCUCAGCCACCGAGGGCGAAAACCAACUCAUUAAGGUCCUAACACGCCAAACCCGCCGCCCAGAAGUCGGCGAUAAAUUCUCCUCCCGCCAUGGACAGAAGGGUGUCGUGGGUAUCAUCGCCGACCAAUCCGAUAUGCCCUUCACAGACUCCGGCAUCAACCCAGACAUCAUCAUGAACCCGCACGGUUUCCCCUCCCGCAUGACAGUCGGGAAAAUGCUCGAGCUCGUCGCCGGAAAGGCAGGCGUGCUGGCCGGCCACCACGGCUACGGCACAUGUUUCGGCGGAACACCCGUUGAAGAAACAUCGCGCAUCCUCGUCGAGAAGGGCUUCAGCUACGGUGGAAAGGAAUACCUCACCUCCGGCAUAACAGGCGAAGCACUUCCCUUCUACGUGUUUACAGGCCCAAUCUACUACCAGAAACUAAAGCACAUGGUCCAAGAUAAGAUGCACUCGCGUGCCCGCGGCCCGCGCGCAAUGCUCACCCGCCAGCCCACCGAAGGACGCUCGCGAGACGGUGGUCUGCGUCUCGGAGAAAUGGAACGUGACUGUCUGAUCGCGUACGGAACUUCUCAACUCCUGCUCGAGCGGUUGAUGAUCUCGUCUGAUCGCCAUGAAAUCGACGUCUGUGAGACGUGCGGAUUCAUGGGGUAUCUGAACUGGUGUCAGCGAUGCAAGUCGUCGCGGGGGGUGGUGAAGAUGGCGAUUCCGUAUGCGGCCAAGUUGUUGAUUCAAGAGUUGAUGAGUAUGAAUGUUACGGCGCGGUUGAAGUUGGAGGACGAGUUUCCGGAGUCGAAGGGGCGGUAG